AUGUAUCCUCAGCACCACCGCCACGACAAGCACAACGCGACGACUACUGCUUCAACAACGACCGCACGCCAUAUCACGUGCCCGUCAGCUGUCUGGCAUCCAAAUGCAACCACAGUUGCUGGCUCAGCUAGUGGCGCUAGCGGCUUGACGACUGCACUAUUCAACGGGCCAUAUGACUUCACCGUGGACUCUGCGUUUAAUGUGUAUGUGUCGGAUUUCUGGAAUUAUCGUGUGAUGAAAUGGCCUCAGGGUAGUGUGAACGGAACAAAGGCUGGUCCGCAGCUUGGCUACGGUACGGGCACAGACACACAGCAUAUGAAUACGCCUGUAGCGCAGUGUUUUGAUUCGACAGAAUCGAAUUUGUACAUAUCGGAUACAUACAAUUGUCGCAUCCUGAAAUGGAAUGUGGCUUCAAAUAAUAUUACCAUUGUUGUGGGUGGCACAGGAUGUGGUAAUGCUUUGAACCAGUUCGACUGGUCUGAUGGGCUCUAUGUCGAUCGAUUUGAUUAUCUUUAUCUGUCGGAUUAUGUAAACGAUCGUGUACUGAAAUUUCCACCCAAUUCAAAUUCGUCUACAUAUGGCACCAUAGUUGCUGGAACUGGUACGGCGGGUGCAGCGUUGAACGAGCUUAACACACCAUGGGGCAUCUAUGUCGAUGAAUCUGACAACGAUACAUUAUAUGUCGUGGAUUAUGCGAAUCAUCGUGUGAUGAAAUGGCUCGCAAAUGCCACAAAUGGCACAAUCGCUGCGGGUGGUCAUGGCGCCGGCUCGCUUGAAAUGGCUGAAAAACGCAACAAACGGAACGCUGGUGGCGGGCAUUUCGAGCUCCGGUGGAGUACUGUCGACGCAAUUGAACGGUCCGUCUGGAAUCCGGUUCGACACGAACGGGCAUCUGUACGUCGCCGAUUACCUGAACAACAGGAUUCAACGAUUCACCGUUAA